AGGGAAACUGAAUUCACCGGAACACCGGCACGUGUUUUAGUUGUGGUCAUGAGAGAUGUUUGGUUUGAUGUUUCAGGCGGGAAUACUGGUAUCGGUAAGGCCACAGCUCUAGAUCUGGCAGGUCGUGGAGUAAGAGUCAUUCUGGCCUGCAGAAACCAGAAGAAAGCCGAGGCAGCUAUAAAUGACAUCAAGAAGUCCACAGGAAGCGAUGAUAUCCUGUUCAUGGAGCUUGAUCUUGGAAGCCUCAAAUCUGUGCGAGCUUUUGCUGAGAACUUCCUCAAAUCUGAGUCAAGACUGGAUCUGCUCAUCAACAAUGCAGGUCUUGUGGCAGAUGGUAAAACCGAGGAUGGUUUUGGCGUAGAGUUUGGUGUCAACCAUCUUGGUCAUUUCCUGCUCACAUGUCUUCUCCUGGACCGUCUGAAGGAGAGUCCUGCUGCUCGCGUCAUCACCCUGUCCUCCAUGGCCUAUCGCUGGGGCAAGAUUGAUUUCGAUUCUCUUGUCGCUACCAAAGACCUGGGGUCGGGGAGAUACAGCUGGCAGUUCUUCCAAGCCUACUGCAACAGCAAACUCUGUAACGUCCUGUUCACUCACGAACUGGCCAAGAGACUGAAGGGCACGAACGUCACCUGCUACAGUGUUCAUCCAGGUGUUGUAAAGACUGAGCUCUCCCGCCAUGUGAGUCUCUGGCAGAAAGUGUUCAUCGAGCCAGUGGCUAGAUUGCUGUUCCUGGACCCAAAAACUGGAGCCCAAACGACUCUGCAUUGUGCCGUUCAGGAAGGAAUCGAGCAUUUCAGUGGACGUUAUUUCUCAUGCUGCGCUGUGGAGAAAGUUAGUGCCAAAGCUAAUAAUGACGUGGUGGCCAAAAAGCUUUGGGAAGUCAGUGAACGACUGAGCGGCCUUUCAUAAAACCAGAGGAACUGUUUUAUUUCUGGUGGCUGGAGACUAUCUGUGAACUUUAUUUAUCCCUAAAGGGGGGGGGGGGGGGGGGGUUACGUAUGAAGUGAUGAAACUGAUUGUAGCAUUUUUUUUAUUAUUUUUUGUUUAUGGAUGCACAAUUAUUUACAAGGUUUACAGUGUUUUAUUUGUAUGUUUACAUUAACUGCUGUAUGCUGGUGAGUUUUUUUUUUUACUGUAUUAAAGUA